UUGAACCAAUGUUCCCCCCAACCCAGUGACAAGGUUGCCUUUUUUAAUAAAUCAUCAGUUGCUUGUGGACCUGCUGAGGCAAUGCUCCCACAACCAGUGGAGGCAGAACACUUUGACGGUCUAUCACUCCUCUACUGGACAAUAAUGGGGCCCCAUGGCAUCAAACGUGCUGUGGAGAGACUCGACUUCACAGACUGUAAGAAAGGACUUGGUGUGAAGAUUAUUGGGGGCUACAGGGAACAGAGCGGUGAAGAGUUCGGUAUUUUCAUUAAAAGGGUUUUACCAGGUGGUGUGGCGGCACAUAACGGGCGUCUUAAAACAGGGGACCUUAUUUUAGAUGUCAACAACAUGAGUUUAGGUGGUGUUACAAAUGAAAGGGCAGUGGAGAUUCUUCACAUGGCAUCAGCUACAAAUCACAUGUCUUUACUGAUCGUUCGUGAUGAUGCAUCCAGGAGGGAAUUUGCUGAACUAAUGGAAAAAUAUGGCUUCAGCAGUAGCACUAGUUCUGGAUCAGACAGGAUAUCUCCCACCCCUGUUUCCACAGGUAAAAUGACCGACACAGCCUCCUCCUCAUCAUCUUCCAGAUCAGCCAGUCCUCUGCUUCAGAGCCCUAAAGACCCAAACCUAGUAUACACCACUGCCUGCACUGCCUCCCCAUAUCCAAAAGUCUGCACAGACUGCAUGAUUCAGUUGAUAUGUGUUGCCAAGGGGACAGGAUUAGGCCUUGUCAUUAGGGGUGGAGCUAACUGUGCAGAGGGGCCAAUGGUGUUCAUUCAGGAAAUAAUGCAAGGAAGCGACUGCCAAAAAGAUGGGAGACUUAAGGCAGGGGACCAGCUCAUAUCCAUCAACAAAGAGUCACUCAUCGGAGUUACACAUGAAGAAGCCAAAAGCAUACUCACUCGAACAAAACUCAGACCAGACCCUACAGUAGAAAUAGCAUUUAUCAGACGAAGGUUAUCUAAAGGAUCCAGCAGUGGUCCUCACAGCCCCAUCUCCCUUCAGCCUCCCUCUAGUACUGUUCCCCCUCUCAAGCCCACUGGACUGGGGGGAGCAAGUCUGCCUGGAGGCCUUAUUCCCAAGAUAGUCAACACCCCCAACUCUGGAAGUGAAACAUUGCCUUCUGUAGAACUUACUAAGGUACAAAUAGCAACAGCAAAGCCUGAGUUCACCCCUGUAUCCUCACCUGAGAGUGCCUGUACCACAGGGGCCAACUCUGAUGUUACUGCUGCCUGUAAUCCCAGCAAUACCUCCAGAUGUUCAAAACCUCCAUCCUCCAGCCCCAGCUCCCAGCUCAAACCGGAGAAAAUCGAGCAGAGACUGGAGGUGUUGGGAUUAAAGCCUAACGAGUCCCCGGUCCAGACUCUAAGAGAAAGACUACAUUUGAGCCCAGCAGGGACAGUGGCCUAUGGAGAUUUUGAGAGGGUUGCAAAGGAACUCUUUAAUCUACAAUCUAAGUCUAACACUAACUCAGAACAGGAAAUAGCAAGAUUCACAUCAGAUGAUCUCACUGACUUUCCAUCAAACCCUACGCCAUCGUUAUCAGACUCGUUAUCAGAUGAUUUGGAUGAGAUGGAGAGACUAAGCAAAGACCACAAUGAGGCCUUGAGAGAAAUCAAGAGACUACAGGAUAAGCUGACAGAAUCCGAGAGCCUUAAUCAUAAGAUGCAGCAGGAACAAACAAAAGUUAAACAGGAAGCAAAAUCUGCCGUGGAAGAGAUCCGAUCCCUGCGGACCCGUGUCCACUUGGCUGAGGCAGCUCAGAAACAGGCCCGGGGGAUGGAGGUGGACUACGAGGAAGUUAUCCACCUUCUGGAGGCUGAGAUAGCUGAAAUGAAGUCACAGAAAGCUGAGCAACCUGGCCAGGGCAAGGAGGAGCUACAAGACCUGAAAAAGAGGAUUGCUGUGCUUGAAUGUCAGCUACGGAAGAGUGAAACUGCAAAAAAGGGUUUUGAGGUCUCUACGGGUAAACUUCUACAGUUUAUGGAGGCUGUCCAAGGCUUCCUGUCUGAAAAUCAAAGUGGUCCAAGAGGCUAUAGUGAUCCAAAGCUGGCCACACAGUCUCAGACGCUGGCUUCUAGUGGUGGGAAGAAACCACCCUGGACAGCAUCUACUCUUGCUUUGGAAGCUAAAGAACUAACUCGCACUGUUAGAGCCAUUCUAGAACUGGACUGUUUACCUUAUGGCUGGGAUGAAGCGUACACUGCAGAUGGAGUGAAGUACUACAUAAAUCAUGUUACUCAAACAACAUCAUGGACACACCCUGUUAUGAGCUCUUUGGGUCUGAUGGAACCAGGAAUAAAUGACCAAACCCUGAACUCCCCAGAGUCCACAACUUAGACGAAGGCCGAAGACUGUCUGCACUAUCCUGGUACUUUCUGCCAAAACGUUUUGUCAAAUUUUUUGUUUUUUGUUUUUUUAUAAAUGACGCACUGAUCAGCCACAACAUUAAAACAACCUGCCUAAUAUUGUGUAGUUCCCCCUCAUGCCGGCAAAACAGUGUCAACCCGCAUCUCAGAAUAGCAUUCUGAGAUGCUAUUCUUUUUACCACAAAUGUACAGAGCGGUUAUCUGAGUUACCAUAGACUUUGUCAGUUUGAACCAGUCUGCCCAUUCUCUGUUGACCUCUCUCAUCAACAUAGCAUUUUCAUCCACAGAACUGCCCCUCACUGGAUGUUUUUUGUUUUUGGCUGUUGUGCAUGAAAAUCCCAGAAGAUCAGCAGUUACAGAAAUACUCAGACCAGCCCAUGUGGCACCAACAAUCAUGCCACGGUCCAAAUCACUGAGAUAAAAUUUGUUCCCCAUUCUGAUGGUUGAUGUGAACAUUAAAUGAAGCUCCUGACCUGUAUCUGCAUGAUUUUAUGCACUGCACUGCUGCCACACGAUUGGCUGAUUAGAUAAUUGUAUGGAUGAUUGUUGGUGCCAGAUGGCCUUGUUCGGUAUGUGUAUAUAUAUAUAUAGAAUGCAAGGUGAUACUGCAGUGCACUUAUUGCAGAAAUAGAGAAAUCUAAGAGAAUUUAGUGAAGUUUAUGUUUAAAACUAUCAGUGGGGUAAGAAAAAUAAACUUAAUUCAAAAUAUAUAGAUGUAUAGAUAUUUCUACUGGAAAACAAGACAUACAGUAGCAUGAUUUUUUAUAAAAACUUUCAGCAAUCGUAUUUAAAAAUCAUCAAUAAACCGAUACUCCAAAUCCUUAUUCUCCUUACAUUGAACUACUUGUGGCCAAGGCUCUUUGAUAGGUCAUGAAUUCACAUUCAUUUGAGUUUUCCUUGUUUUUCUGUCUGUCCGCUGUUUUCUCACAUUUUAGGAAUUUCCUCUCAUGUUGUACACUAUUCUCUUUCUGCUCUGUUCCUUGACAAAACAAUGGACGGGCCCAAUCUGUUUUCCAACAUUUAGAAUAAGUCAAACAUAAUUGAAAUGUUUGAAGUUAAAGGACGUGCCGUCUUGGUAAAGCAGGAAUAAACUUUGGAAGGACACAGUGAGUUAACCAGGAUGGACUGCUUUUGUAAUGUCCAUUAGAUUUGUCUUUGAUCUACUUUCUGAAAGUAUUUUUUCAGGCAUAGAUUUGUUGAAACAGGAGUUUGUUUUCUUUUAUUCAAACUUCUUAAAAUCAUAAUUUUAAUUCUGCUGUUAUCCAUUGUCAUGUUUCUAGUUAGACUAUUAUGCAAGGUAGCAUACCUGUGAAAGUUUAUUCUCUUGCAUGUGCAAUUAGUUUCCUAUUUCCAUUAGCAAUGUGACAGUUUUAUUGUUGUACCCUAUGCCUUAUAUGUACAUUUCUUUUGGAAAAUGACACAUUUGCUUUGUUGUGAAUUCACUCUACCUGAUGGCAUGUAAUUAGCCUCAGAGUUCUCGUAUACAGUAGUUCAUGAAGAUAGAUGUGUUUCCUUGUGAAUGCACUUUUGCAGUU